GGCAGGAAACCACACCACGGCUGUAAAUGACAAUGCUUAUAGAGAACGUCAACUUCAGCUGGACGUUCUGUUUUUCAGAUGUCUUUGGAUUUGUUUUUUUAUUUAAAAAUGUGCUUAACUAAUUGUAUUGAUUGUUACCACCAAAAGGAAAACAAUGACAGAUGGAAAAUUUAAUGAAUGCCAGGAAUUUAAGAGGAGACAAUUAUGUGGAGACUGCUUUUGAUACUCUUGUAUGCUUUUGUGCUGACGGACUCAAGCCUUGCCCAAGACAGACCAGAAGACUGUACCACUAGUGGCCUUGGUCCAAGAACAUUUUAUGGGAAAAGAGCCAUAAGUACAAUUAAACAUAAUUUAACCUUAGAUCUACCAGCACUUAACAUCACCAACAAUCAUGUGAACUACACAGCUGGAUUUGUCAGCACCAGGAUCAUUCCAGUAGCUUAUAUGAUCGCUAUUGUUAUAGGAAUUCCUUCAAACACCCUGGUACUGGCAUUUCUCAGUCGGAAGACUAGAAGUUUGUCUAGCGCAAUCCUCCACUUAAGCCUAGCAGCUUCAGACCUUCUCCUCUUGGUCUCUCUCACCCUUAAAGUCCACUACCAUCUGAACGGCAACAACUGGGUGUUUGGAGAACUCGCCUGCAAACUUGUCACAGCCUGCUUUUAUGGUAACAUGUACUGCUGUAUACAUACCCACAUGUGUGUUAGCAUAUUGCGGUAUUUAGCUGUGGUGCAUCCGUUCCUGUACAGAGGACUCUCCAAAAGAUCUUGCACAACCUGGGCAAGCCUGACCGUCUGGACAGUUUUUGCUAUGGCCAUGGCUCCGGAAUUCCUCACUCAUCAAAGCUACUACCUCCCUGAGGUUGGGAUUGUCACAUGUCAUGACAUUCUGCCUUAUGAUGAGAAACUGUACAACUUUCUGAUUCCUUAUAGAUUAUGCCUAAUUAUUUUAGGCUUCAUAUGUCCUUUCACAGUCAUCAUAUUUGCCUAUGGAUCCAUUGUACAUCAGCUACACAGGUCUAGCUGUGAUUUUACAUAUUACAUCAAGGCAAGCACACUUGUAUUUGUGAUCUUCUUAGUGUGUUUCACUCCAAGUAACACAAUCCAUGUCAUACAUUAUGUGAGACUGUAUACAAGCAAGCAAGAUGAUUUCUAUAAUUACUUCAGUGUAGCUGUGUGUGUCUGCUGCUUUCACAGCUGCCUGGACCCCUUCCUCUCCUACUUUAUAACAAAGACUACAAACUCCAGAGUGGAUUUUGUCUCCCUUGCAAGAACAUCCCUAAGGAGUUCAGUGAUUAUCUAAACAACUGGGAUGUGCAUUUUUGGUAUUUUUGGUAUUAUCAAGGGUAGAAUGGGGGUGCUCUAGAUCCAAAAUAGCUGAACAAUAGUAACAGAAUGUUAUUGUUAGUUAGGAGAAUAGUGAUAGAGGCACGUGAACAAACACAAUGCAAACCCACACCCAGUAAAAUGGAACUACAUUUAAGUUGGCCACAUUCUGACUUUGCUACUUAUACUGUUAUAACCAUAGUCCAAGUUAGAGACAAACAUUAUGUUUGAUUCACAUUCUAAACCUUGUUAAUAUCAUAUAUUUGACCUACGUUGUGCAUACAAGUAAGAACAGGAGAAUUUUGUGUAUUUUUGCCUGGGCACAUGUAUCUAUUCUAUAAUGUAACAUAGGUUACUUCAGUUAUCUAGGCUUCUAAUGCUGAAUGUAUAAUGUUUCAAGAAAAACUCAAUCUUAACAGACAUUUUAAUCACUUGUAUGCACAAUUAGGUCAUAAUGUUUUAUACUGAUUGAAGCAGUUUUUCCAAUUUAUCCAAUAUUAAAAGCAACGGCAUUUUAUAAAAGAUAUAUUUCCAUUUUUUUGGUACUGGCAGUGAGUAAUUAUUUGGAAAUGAAAAAAAAAAAGGCUGAUUCUUCCUCUGCUGUUGCUUUUAUUAAAAUAUCCUGUUGUUUGUAAAGGCCUUUUUUUUCAGCUUUAAUCAUGAGUCAUAUAUGGGGUUUCCAUAUUUUUUUCAUAGUGUUGAUGUAAUAUUGCAUUUCUUUGUGUGCUACAUCUUCAUUAAAAAAAAAAUCACACUCUCAA